AUGGAACCCCCAACCGAGCGAGCACAGUGGCAUGCUGCUGGCUGGUAUGGUAAGUGUGACGGCGUGGCGUCGGCGAGACGAGAACAUGCAAGGCUCGGCACGACGCUUGGUGUUGAGGACACCAACAACAAUCAGGUCACCUCUGUAGCGGCAGGGAUGACCUCGGCAAGGCAGCCUUCGCAAUUCUCCCUGACCGCAACCACCAGACACCACGACAAGUCCUCCCGGCAGCACCUGCUGUCGAUAGAGCAGGACAACGGACUAGGCGGCACUCACACGCGGCAAACAAAGCCGUGUACCGCUGUCGUCGCUGCCGCCACGGCAGCGACACGGCCUUUCUUCUCUGCAGCCAACGUUCGUCACCCAGCGGCGAGUGUCUCUUCGCAAGAGUGGCAGAGCUGCUCAGCCUUCUUCGCCUGCCCCCCCAGCGCCGCGGACACCCUCCCCAACAUAAUGAACUACUCCUCCGUAUCGCACCCGGCGCUGAGGUCGCGCUCCAUCUCGGCCUUUCAGCAGCAGCAACUGCAGUACCUCCGCAUUCUGUCAAGCCACAGCAGCAGUGCGCAGAGCAGCCUCUUUUAUGAUCGACCAUCGUCGGCGGCACCGCGCACGGAUGACUCACGACUGGAGACAUUGGGAAGCGCAGCGGUGCAUUCACCAGGGAGUACGACGUCGCUGUCGAGCGGGAACAGAUUCGGGCUCUCCGCCAUGAAUCUGAUGAAAGCUCCACCUGUGGCCACCACGGCGCAGAUGCGUGCCUUCAGCAACAAGACCCUCUAUGCACGUCCUCGGCCAGCGAGCUUUACCUAUACCUCCUUCUCAGACUCGCAGCUGGCGGAGCCGAAUCACGACUUGGCCGAGGUUCUGGGGGUCGGAAACAACAGCUCUCCCACUGCACGGACGCAGCGGGCAGGCAUGAUAACCAACAGCGCUGCCAGAGGCCCCGAGCCACUCUCGCAGAGUCGCCAACGUCGUCCUUUAUCUACACCGCGGUCUCGCCACACCUCUACGAUGGAGGAACGAGAGCAGGCCGUUGUGGGUGACGCAAUCGUAAAGGCUGCGCAGCGCAUUCGUAGCCGCCCAGAGUCGAUGGUGCCGUACCAGCAACCGCGACAGACCUCAGAUGGCCUACCACCUCGAGCUGUACAGAUGCACGCGCAAGGCACCCGCGCGGACGCAGCCGACUCCGGAACCUCAGGUUGCCAGUCAGGUGAAUAUGCCUCUAUCGAGGAGAACGGCUACAGUGACCACUUCUUUGAAGAAGGUGAGGCGUCUGAGGAGCUGAAAAUGGUGAUUCCCUUCACACCCCAAGCCGCUGCCGGGGCAGCCGGGAUCGAGAUUGGCCCUGCUGCAGGGGAGUGGAACCUACCGCGCAUUCAGCAGCGCAUCCUAGCGGCACGGUCGCAAGCAGAGGUGCACCAACACUUCACCAGCGCCAUAGAGAUACUACUCGCUGUGCAAAUGAGUCUGGACGUGGACUAUCAAGAAGCUUCGCAGGGCGGUGGUGGCGGCGAACCUGCCUCGGGCUUCUCGCUCACACCUACACAACGGGCGUACUACGCCGAUCUUGUGGGGCGCGAGCUGCAAUACGUCACUGCUCUGUGGAUGGCGAAGCUGCAGUACACGGAGUCGCCGACGCUCACCGCCACGGCGCCAGCUACGAAUCGGCUUCGAGAAGCUGUAAGUAUUACCAGCCCCUACACGGUACCUCCCGACGCUACGCUGGCAACUGAGGCGAGGUGGGAGGAGAAUAGGCCGCGUUCCAGCAAUAGUCAGGGCAGCAGAACCAGCCGUCGUACAGCGACGCACAUGACCAAUAGCACUGCCGCCAGCACGCGGCAGCCUAACGGUGCCACGCCCGCGCACGCAGAUGUGGCGGUGAAUUGUGCCUGGACAGGCCAUCGAUUCCUCAAGAGAUCACUACGCAAGAAGGCUCGGGUCGAGUUUCAGGAAGCACCAGUGACUCAGGCUUCCCCUCAUCUAGCGCGGCCUCCGCGUGACAGUGUUACGGAUGACUUCUGCCGUGGUGGGUCGGAGGCAAGUCACCUCAGCAGCGUUCUCGGCGAUACCAAGAGUAGCAAGGUACGGGCGUCUUCUCCGCAUACUUCGGCAUCUGAUGGGCGCGUCAUAUCCACUACCGGUAUCUGCGAGAGUAACCAGCCCGUCCACGUUGUCCCAGCAUGCCUGACACUCCACAGCACGACAGAGUUUGCACAGCGUAGCGUGCAAAGCUCACUGAUUCGUCAAAGGCGCACCAAACAGCCCAUCCGCCGUGACCCGUGCUUGAUAGAGGCCCUCAGCACUGACUCGUCUCUUCUCGAAGAGCUCCCCUCGCUGUGGGAUGACGAGGUGCUCGGGCCGAAGCUGCACUCACCCUUUGAGAGCGCCGUGAUCGAGCGCGUGCGAGACCUCUCCACGCCAGUGAAGAAGCCAUCUGCCAACGCCCCCAAAACGGCGACAGAGGAGAAAUCAUCCUCUCACAGCAGCCCUCUCCGUCACACAGCCGAGAGCAGCAAUGGACACACUACGAGCCACCGCGGUUCGCUCGUCGAGGACGUGUCCUCGACGCACAGCAGUGGGGGUAGCGGGCGGCGGGUCAGCAAAAGGAGGGCUAGCCGGUAUGUUUGCCAGCUUUCACCGUCACGGCUGCCGAUGCCGUUCGCCGAGUGGUACGCUACACGCGACGCCGUGACCCCUGCGAUGGUGACAUCGGAACACAGGACAGCUGCUACCGCUCUUCACAAAACAGAAGACGCCGCCUCGCCUGUGUCACCACAUGUGCGAUCAUCAGACGCGCUGUCUGCUGUGCCUGACUGCUCCUUCCGACAUAUCCCCGAGAGAGACCGCCCAAUCCCCUCUGCUGAAACUGACGUUGACAGCGCUGACGCUCCGCUGUCCUGCCGGCAUGCGGGAGCGGGAGGGUCCAUUCACUCACUUCUUCGAUCCUCAAGCCCCACUACAGGAGACACGUGCCCUAGAGGUCAACCACCGGCAUCAUCCACGCUCUCUGCCGGAGCGGGCGAUUUCAAUGCCGCACCUGCUAGCGGAGUCUCUCUACGCAGGCCUCCCUUGUACGUGGAGGAUGGCGAGCAGCACGACGAGCUGAGCAUGAGCAACACAAGCAGUGUGGCGAAACCCCACCACAUAGCGCGGCAGAGCGUCGUUUUUUCACCACGGUGGAGAAAGAGCAGCGUGUCGCUCUCGAUCAUCGACACUUCAUGUGACCUGCAUCUGCUGGCUGACUCGUACACCGACUCCACGCAUCCCCUGUCCCUCCACCGCAGCUCCGGCGGCGACGACAGCAUCACCUCGAGCGGCAUCAUCAGCACCUUCGCAACCACCAUCACCGGCACGGGCGUAGCUGACUACUCGUUCACCACCGCGACUGCAAGAUCAUCGAUCAUAGUUACCGCUGCCAGUAGCGUGGCUGAGCAAGGAGAGAACGUUUUUCCCCUGCCAGUGUGUGGUUUAGUCCCCAUGCAGCACAGUGCAUCGCCGCUCUCCUUUCCUCGGCCGCAAGCCUCUCCAGUCGCGGCGCACCACUCCCCAACCGCUACGCCGCAUCGGUCAUCGCCAACCUUACCAACCGCCUCCAACACCGGCGUGCAGCACAUCUGUGUCACAUGCGUUCCCUCUGAGGGGACUGCUGCGGCUGAUUAUGGCAAUCACCACUACCCCCACGGGCAUCACCGUACGCAGAAUCUGCAGAAGGGCAUACUGAACGGGAAUCCAGGUCAUCAGGAGUCAUCGCAGCUCCUCAGCUCACCUGUCUCUACAUCGUUCCUCGCUGUAUGGGACGAGGAUGAGCAACAUGACCCACCCUCCUCGUGCCCACACAUGCCCUACGCCUACGAGUAUAAAGCGAUUGUUUGCAGUGACGGACAGCCCCACAAGCGCCUCAUACUGUGCAAACCUGGGGGCCCGUUCCAUAGCGCACGCCUUAACCACACCUACACCGGAUUCGCCGCUGCCAGCGACGCAUCCCAGCGCGGAGGCAGCGAGUCGGCACCUUCACGUUCGCUUUCUCCUACGCCAGCCCUGACUCCCACAUAUCCGCAGGACACUGUUUCCACGCCGGCACAAUUGAGAGGGAAUGAGAGCACCUUGCCGAGCCCUUGGGCGGAACUGCACCAUCACGAGCGGUCCGAUGUCCAAGACGACGUGGAAGCCAACGAGUCACGUACAUCCCCCGUGGCCACCAGCACUUCUCUGGUAGCAGAGCAACUCGAGGAAUGUCUGCCUCUACCAAUGCUAAACACGCAGUCGGUGGUGGCGCCGCACCCGCUGCAAGGAGCGUGCAUGGCGGACGACGAACGCGCGAUGGUGGAGUGCAUUGCGCUCAAGUCUGUGGAGAUGCCGAACAGACCACUAGCAGACUAUGAGAGUUGGGAAGCUGUGUUGACUUCCUCUCCGAAAGACGAGUCGGCGUUGGGAGGGGACUGUUCAGCCGCUCUCAUUAAUGGGGCUCUCAUAAAUGGUGAAAACGAAGUAAGUGUGCCAGCUACUGUUGCGGCUCCUGAGCCAGGGCUACAGGACGCUGACGGCAAUCGGGUGCCUGGAGGACGAUGUCAGUUUAUUUUCAGCGGCGAUGUAGCUCAGUGUUGGCUGGACGAGGAGGGCUAUCGCGCCGGAAACUACUGCAACCCCUACCGAGUGGAACUGCAACGUGCGGAGGCGACAGCGCUGAAAUGGUAUGGGCUUUCUGGGCACAAUCGGCGAAUCAUGUCCGAUGUCAGUGGCGCUGAUGUGGCGAAUCCACAGCACACGGCGCAUGGAGGUCGGUCAGUUUCAUUAGCCGCUACGGCGACCGUAACUAGCGCAGCGGAACCUAGCGCGGAAGUGUCAGCUGAGACGUUGCGCAAAGCAGGUUCUGUGGGAUGCCUGCAUGGCGACGCGACGAGCACUUGCAGGGAGGCGGCGUCGAUCUGCACCGCGCCUCGAGAGUGGCUGAAAACACGCCGUCGGGAGCAGCAGCGUCAGCAGACCCCGCAGCCAGGGAUGGACCGAGAAAGGAGCUGCCGACUUCUGGCCAGCUACGGCGCCCCUACCUCCGCUACCUCGACGGAAAGCCGCGGUCGAGGUAGUGAUGUUGACAUCACCAAGACGCUAGGGUUUCUGCGCAGUAGUGUGUUGGAGACAGAGAUAAUGAGAGGCGGAGAAGCACAUGUCCACUCCGCCGUCAGGCACUCUUCUCUGCCUCCUGCGUCAGUCACGCAGCUUCGCCGUCGACAGUUGUGA